AAUUCCAGUUUGGCAGGUACCCUUUCCGGCGAUCACCAUUUGCCCUUUGGCCCAAACUCAACCAUAUGUUUUCAACCUUACUGAUGCUGCAUUUAGAGUUCUUCAUAAUAUCAGUCUCGAGGAUUGGGAAUAUGUGAAUAUCAGAGCGCUUGUUCACGUUUGCUCACAUGUUCCGAGUUGGAUUUCAUUUCACAACAAAUUAUCGGUUCCGAAUGCAAAUGUUUUGAGAAAUAUUUCACUAUAUUUGGGAGAUCUCGGAUCCAUGAGUGAAUGUUUAUGGAAAACCGAAACAGUUGACUGUAAUGAAAUAUUCUCAGAAACAAUAACUGAUAGCGGAGUUUGCUACACCUUCAAUGGAAUAGCAGCGAAUAACCUGUAUCGAACGGAAAAUUUACAAGGGGAGUUUGCGUAUUCUAGUUUUUCUGAAAUGCCUAUCGAAUGGUUCCGAGAGUCCGGUUAUCUCAGCGGAUCAGAUUUGUAUGCAUACCCUGAACGGCCUCUGGGAAAAGGAAUGAAAUUCGGGCUAGAAAUUUCACUAGUAUCAUACUUAUUUGGUGAUAACUUUUUCUGUAACGGUCCCAGAGACGGAUUUAGAGUGCUGGUUCAUCCCCCAGAUGAAGUUCCGACCUUGGAUCACUUUUCACAUCGUGUUGCCAUGCGAGAUACCAUGUCACUAACGAUCAAGCCACAUAUCACAGAAACAUCGCCAUCGCUUCGGUAUCAGGCGCAUGAAGACCGACAAUGUUUCUUCGAAAACGAACGAUAUCUGCGGUUCUUCAAAAUCUACAACCAGCAUAAUUGUAUUACCGAAUGCCUAGUCAAUUUCACCUACAGUUUGUGUGGAUGCGUGAAAUUCUCGAUGCCAAGAAGUGCAGACAUGAGAGAAUGCGACGCUAGUGAGAUCGACUGCUACUCGGGAGCUUACAUGAAAAUGUAUGCUCAACAAGUCAAGGGAGAGAACAGUCAUCCAUGCGGUUGUUUCACAGCGUGUACAUUUCUUUCGUACGAUGUCGAGAUUUCAAAUCAACCAGUCAAUGUACGAGCUUAUCUCAGGGCUUUCAACUAUUCAGUGUAA